AUAUAUAUAUAUAUAUAUAUAUAUAUAUAUACCUUGCUUAACUCCAACUCUACCGUAAUCAAAUUCUUUAUUCCUCCAAUUAUUAAUUCAUAAUUCUAUUCCAUUUUUCAAAUUUUGCGGUAACGCUAAUUUUUUGAGGAUUUAUGAUUUGAUCUUCGAGCGGAAAAAAAUAAAAAAAUGACGCCUGAUGAGGUUUCGAUUGAUAAGAGUAAGAGCUUCGUUACGGCGUUACAGGAACUCAAGAAUCUCAGACCACAACUGUAUUCUGCAGCAGAGUAUUGUGAGAAAUCAUACCUCAACAAUGACAAGAAGCAGAUGUUUAUGGACAAUUUGAAGGAUUACGCUCUACGAGCUCUGGUCAACGCCAUUGACCAUCUCGGCACCGUUGCUUACAAGCUGAGCGAUGUUCUCGAGCAACAGACGAUGGAGAUCUCGUCCGUUGAUUCGAAAGUCACGUGUCUCAAUCAGAAACUUCUUACGUGUCGAACGUAUACGGAUAAAGAAGGUCUUAGGCAGCAGCAAUUACUAGCUAUUAUCCCGAGGCAUCACAAGCAUUACAUUUUGCCAAAUUCCGUCAAGAAGGUGGACUUCAGCACUCAUGUACAGACAGAUUCUAGACAAACCGCACAAGCGAAAGGUCGUCUUUACCCUUCAGCUGCAAAAACACUUUCUUGGCAUUUGGCAUCAGAAACGAAGUCGAUAAUGAAAGGCUCCCCACGUGGUAUAAUGAGCACCGAGGACUCGAAAUUGAGCAAGAAAUCAUCGUCUAGUGCUUUCAACUCGUUAGAUGGUCAAGGGAAGAGGAAGAUGAAAUCCACCCCAGCGACGAGAGUAGCUAUGCAAACCCUAGGUGUCACUCGACGGAAGGAUUCUUUGGAGGGCUCAAAACCUGUAAUUCCGUAUAAACCGUUCGAUAAUGUAUCUCGGAAGGAGAUUGUUCCGCCACCUGAUCGUAGCAAGAGCACCGUGGUUUCAGCUUUCUUUGUCAAGCAAAAGGGAACGAAAACUCGAGAAACAAGUGCAUGAAUAUUCGGACAAACAUGCAAGAACAUAGUUCAAAUUCAUCAGACAAUCGAUUUUUUUUAAGGAAACUGUCCGCAUAUAUAGUUAUCGACUAUUGUGCUAUGGUUUCUACCUUUGAUCGGUUAUAGAGACUAAUAAACAAGAAAACAAAUUAAUCGAGAGAGAAAUAGUAAGAACGACAUUUUUUUAAUUGCAUUAUAUAUUUUUCCAA